AUUUCUGUCGUUUCAACCCUUCAAAUUUCUCCUGCCUAACCUUCUUCUUCCUCUUCUGGUCCUCUCCUUCCUCCUUCUUUUUCCCUCUGGAGCCCCUUUUGCUAGUAGACCCAUAUGUUCAAUAUUGGGGAUGAACUCAUAAUUGAAGACUCCAGAAUUCCAUGGCUGAUAUGGAUUCAGAUUCUGGUCUUGUUCCUGCUCCUGCUCCUCCUGUAUUGUUUCAGCAUUUUCCCUUCAGAUCUCUCAGAUGCCACCAUUUUCUCUGCUUCAUCUUCCAUCUCCCACCACACCCAUCUCAACAAACCUCUUCCUAAGCAAAAUGGGAGCACCCCCACUACUGAUUGCUUGCUGCAAGCUGCCCAGGCAGGAGAAAACCAUAGCAUAAAAGGGGAGAUAGCGACAGACACGAGGAGGAGAGUUGUGAGAGGAGAAGACAUUGUAGAAAGGGAGAGCACUUCAUCAAAGGAUACAAACCCCAUUAGUUUUCACCCUUGUGAUUAUUUCAGGCUUGCUAAACUUGCAUUUCUUAAGUGUUUGGGUCUAGAUCCUUCAACAUCCGAACAAAGAAACGGAACUUAAUAUUGCAUUCACAUCUCUGUUUUCCUCUGUUAUUAAUUAGAGUAAGCUCAUCUAUUGGGCUUGAUUGAAAAGGUGAUACACAGAAAAUUGUAUAGUGAGGAAAAUGAAUUGAGAAUUGAACAAUUUUCUAAAGAAACAUGAAAAUUUGAUUAACAGUCUUGUAUGGGAAUAACAGGUGGAUACAGAUAAGAUAGAGAAAAUCAUUGAGGGUUGAGAAUGUGUAUAAACAGAUGUCACCAUG